AUGAGUGGUGGAGAGGGGAAGGAGAGAGGGGAAAGGAGAAAAGAGAAAAAGGGGGAAGAAAGGGAGAGAGAGAAAAAAAAAAGAGAGGAGAGGGAAAGAAAAGAAAGGGGAAAGGAGGGAAAGGAAGAAAGGAAGAGAAGGAGAGAAAAGAAAAAGAAGGAAAAGAAGGGGAAGAGAGGGGGAAGAAGGGAAGAGAAAGGGGGAGAAGGGGGAAGAGGGAAAAGAAAAAGAAAAAGGGAGGGAAGGGGA